GUCCAAAAAUACAUCAUACCUUUGGUUAGUCGUGGAUAUCCAGUCGUUUUGGGUGAAAGUAACAAUCGUAGUUGACGGGAACAUCAUUUUUCUAGAAGCGUGUCAUUGCUUCUACUGACUUUCGCUGCGCGUGCAAUAUGUAAAAGUGACACUUCUUGCAGAUAAAAAUGUCAAACAACGAGCCGCUCCAACCAGCCGUCAAUCAAGAGUCCCUCGCGUUUGAGUUAAUGAAAUCUGAUCAAAACGACAAUACGAAAAACGCACCCGCUGAGAAUGCAGCUCUUCCCGCGGUGGAGGAACCAAAUGCAGACAAGCGAUGCACUGAAUCUACGGCUCCAAGUAACACGAACGAUCAAGCUAUAGAAGUGGCUACGAAAGAAGCAGAGAUUUCUAAUGAAAAUUCAAAGGCUGUUCCUGAAGCUGCGAACGAAUCUACAGGAGAAACGUCGGAGAAAGUUGUGACUUCAGAAAUUUCUGAGGUCCAGCAAUUGCCAGCUGUCCCCGAGGUUCAGCAGCAAACAAUCGGCGCCGGAGACACUUGCGCUCUUCCGCAACGCGAUGAAAAUGCCAAUACUCAAAAAACGCAAGAAGAAAUUGCAGCUGCGACUGUAAAUAAUCGGACACCGCAAUCCGACGAGAAAUCGUCGAUGGAAGAUAAGAAAGAGAAUGAGGAUGAACUCGCGGUAUCGAAAUUAAAGGAAGAGUUCCAAAAAGCCUCUGAGGAACGAGAUUCUUAUCAGAAAAAAUUGAAAGGCACCGAGAAGAAGUUGGCUUUGUUACAAGCAUCCUAUGAUGCUUUGAUGAAGGGCGAAGGGGACGAGGUGAUGUUACGACGAAUGGUGGAUCAAUUGAAAAAUAAACUGAUCCAAACUUCGUUACAAUUAGAGGAUCGUAUUCGCGUGGUUGCUAAUCAGGAGAAGCAAAUUAGCGCCUUGAACAGCCAGGUUGCUUCACUGAAGGAAGUGGAGUCAUUGACUAGGAGUCUGUUGCAGAUACGCAACAUGGAAGUUAAGCAUCUACAGGCUGAGGUGGAUGAUAUGGAAGUUCGAAUUAACGAAGAACGUGACCGAUAUAACACGAUGAUCAAUAAGAUGGACGCGGCAGUUAAAUUGAACGCAGAUUUGAAAACAGAAUACGAGACACAGCUGGGUCUUUUCCGUGAUUUACGAGAGAAAUACGAGGAGAAGGUCACGUUAUUAUCAGAGGAGAAACGGGCCCUUGAAAAUAACGCACAAUCAGUUCCUAAAUAAUUAUGCACUUUAAGUUCAAUUAUUUUGUAAUUGUUUUAAUUUUUACAAAAUAAAGGAUGUUGAGAAAUAA